AUGUCUGAGGAAACUAUUAGUACCCAAAGCUCAGGAUCUGUUCAAAAAGAACCUUCUCUUGACGUGGUAGAAGAACUUAAAUUACUUUGCGAAUCACCCGAGCCGAGUCCACCCGAACGGAGUCCACCGAAAAACCCUUACUAUAAUUAUCACGUUAGCAAAACCAUUCAAAGCAGAGAUACUGCGUAUUUUGCGAGAUCUUCUAUGUCAACUCCUUCAGAACAAAUACUUAGUCAAGAAUUUGAUGAUGGAACAAUUGUUGGGGGGAAAUAUGAGGAUGGGGAACAUAUUAAACAAGAAUUAAUUACACUUUAUACCAAUUUUCAAAAAUGUCUCGAUUUACGUGAUAAAUAUAUGGCAAUUUCAUUACAAAGAGUGGGUGAUAAUCCUAAAGAUAGUGAUGAUUGGAAGAUUUAUCCACCUCCACCAAAACCAACUUAUAAUUCAACAAAUUCACCAUAUUCAAAUACUGAUCGUAAAAAGAAGACAGUGGUAGGAGAAGAUUUUGAAUUUAGUAAAUGUGAAAUACCCAGGGAACAUCACUAUCUUUAUGAGUUAGACUCUAAAGAUUUCAAAAGUAAAAAACCAGCUUUUAUAAUUCCAUCUAAUAAAGAAUAUUUCAUGGAUCUCGAUUUUAUUCUUGGUGUAAUUUCUGAUGGACCAACGAAAAGUUAUGCAUAUCGACGUUUAUUAUAUUUGGAAAUACCUCAUCGAGAUUUUUAUAAUGUUAGAAAGGUGGAUACUCACGUGCAUCUUUCAUCUUGUAUGAAUUCUAAACAUCUUUUAAGAUUCAUAAAGUCCAAAUUGAAGAAAAAUGCCAAUGAUCAAGUAAUUUAUAGAGAUAAUAAAGUUCUUACGUUAACCGAAGUAUUUCAAAGUUUGGGCUUAACCGCAUACGAUCUUAGCAUCGAUACAUUGGACAUGCACGCUCAUACAGAUUCAUUCCAUCGAUUUGAUAAGUUUAAUUUAAAAUAUAAUCCAAUCGGUGAAUCUCGAUUGAGGGAAAUUUUCUUGAAAACCGAUAAUUAUAUUCAUGGAAGAUAUUUGGCUGAACUUACCAAAGAGGUCAUAUCCGAUCUCGAGGCAAGCAAAUAUCAAAUGGCUGAAUAUCGAAUUUCAAUAUAUGGACGUUCAAAAUCCGAAUGGGAUAAAUUAGCGAAAUGGGUGAUAGAUCAUAAAAUAUUUUCACCAAAUGUUCGUUGGCUUAUUCAAGUGCCAAGGCUUUAUUAUGUAUAUAAAGAUGCUCAAAUUGUAGAAAGUUUCGAAGACGUUAUAAGAAAUAUAUUCGAACCAUUAUUUGAAGUGACAAAAGAUCCCAGUUCACAUCCAGAAUUACAUGUAUUUCUUCAAAGAGUAGUAGGAUUUGAUAGUGUGGAUGAUGAAUCUAAAGCUGAAAGGAGAAUUCACAAGAAAUAUCCUUGUCCUAAAGAUUGGAAUACAAAUCUCAAUCCACCUUAUUCUUAUUACUUAUAUUAUAUGUUUGCAAAUUUGGCCAGUUUAAAUCAAUGGAGAAAAGUUAGAGGAUUUAAUACUCUUGUACUUCGACCACAUGCCGGAGAAGCAGGAGACACGGAUCAUCUAACUUCAGCAUUUCUUACAUCACAAUCAAUUUCACAUGGAAUUUUAUUACGUAAAGUUCCUGCCUUACAAUAUCUUUAUUAUCUUAAACAAAUUGGAAUAGCGAUGUCCCCUUUAUCAAAUAAUGCGUUAUUCCUGAAUUAUGAAAGAAAUCCUUUCUUAAGUUUCUUUCAAAAAGGAUUAAAUAUAAGUUUAAGUACGGAUGAUCCACUUCAAUUUCAUUACACUAAGGAACCUCUUAUUGAAGAAUAUAGUGUGGCAGCUCAGAUUUGGAAAUUGUCUUCUUCGGAUAUGAGUGAACUUGCACGUAAUUCCGUAAUUCAAAGUGGAUUUGAGAUGGCCAUAAAGAAACAUUGGUUAGGAGCACAUUGGUAUUUACCAGGAAAAUAUGGAAACGAUAUUCAUAAAACCAAUGUUCCAAAUGUUCGAAUGCAAUUUCGUCAAGAUACAUUAGAAGAAGAAAUUCGAAUGGUUGAAAAAUAUUCAAAAUUGAAAUCCAAUAGUUCAUUUGAACAAAAUACCGUUCACAUGAUUCAUCCUCCCCCUCAAUCACGAGGUAUUAACACUGAUAUUGCAUCAUAUCCAACUACUUCUUCAUUUUCAUCUUUGGGUGUAGGAAAUAAAUUACUUUUCUCAGAUACUGAUGUGGGUGUCAUGCCUGGAGUUGCUAUGUUUGCUGAGAGAGCGCAUAAAAGAAGAAAAAAUACAUCUAUCAAUAAGAUCGAAGAAAGGGAAGAUUAA